AAGAAAAUUAAAAGUCACUUACGUUGCAGGAUCGUACGGCAAAACGUCUACAAAUGAUUUUAAAAUAACAUUUAAAUCUAUUUUUUCCUUGUUAAAAAACCAAGCUGUUGUUCAUUAGAGAAAACAUACAAACUACAAAUAAUGUUUUUUAAAAAGAUGAAAAUGAGAAAGGUCCCUGGAACCCCUCCACCAGACGCCACCAAGUGAACGUCCUGAUGUAUUUUCUUUCAGCCUCUUCUGUGUGUGGGCUUUGCUCUAAACGACAUCAAGAACUGACAGCGCAGCCCCUCAAGACUGUCUUGGAGACGGGGUUCUUAAUCAAGUAUCAACUCUAUGGAUCCAAGACAGAGCAAGCAAAGAAGAUGGAUCAAUGGAAGAGCCAUCUGACUGUGUGCUUUCUACCUUCUGUGCCCUUUUUAAUCCUAGUAUCCACUCUAGCAAGUGCUAAGAGUGUGACUAACAGCACUUUAAAUGGCACUGACAUGGUCUUGGGCUCUGUGCCCGUAAUCAUUGCCAGAACUGACCAUAUCAUAGUCAAGGAAGGGAACAGUGCCUUGAUUAAUUGUAGUGUUUAUGGCAUCCCUGACCCACAAUUCAAGUGGUAUAAUUCUGUUGGCAAGCUGCUGAAAGAAGAAGAGGAUGAGAAGGAGAGAGGAGGAGGAAAAUGGCAAAUGCAUGACAGUGGCCUCCUAAACAUCACCAGGGUGUCUUUCUCAGACCGAGGCAAAUACACAUGUGUUGCUUCUAACAUGUACGGCACUGUGAACAACACGGUGACCCUGAGGGUCAUCUUUACCUCUGGAGACAUGGGUGUCUACUACAUGGUCGUCUGCCUCGUGGCCUUCACCAUCGUCAUGGUCCUCAAUAUCACCCGCCUGUGCAUGAUGAGCAGCCACCUGAAGAAGACUGAGAAAGCCAUCAAUGAGUUCUUUAGGACAGAAGGUGCAGAGAAGCUACAGAAGGCAUUUGAGAUCGCCAAGCGAAUCCCCAUCAUCACCUCAGCCAAAACUCUAGAACUUGCCAAAGUCACCCAGUUCAAAACCAUGGAGUUUGCCCGCUAUAUUGAAGAGCUUGCCAGGAGUGUGCCCCUGCCUCCUCUCAUUAUGAACUGCAGAACGAUCAUGGAGGAAAUCAUGGAGGUGGUUGGGCUGGAGGAGCAGGGGCAGAAUUUUGUGAGGCACACUCCAGAGGGCCAGGAGGCUGCUGACAGGGAUGAAGUGUACACAAUCCCAAACUCCCUGAAGCGAAGUGACUCCCCCACAGCUGACUCGGAUGCCUCAUCACUACACGAACAGCCCCAGCAGAUUGCCAUCAAGGUAUCAGUCCACCCACAGUCCAAGAAAGAUCAUGUGGAUGACCACGAGGGCACACAAUUUGAAGUCAAAGAUGAAGAGGAGACAGAACCAUCAGCCGAACAUUCCCCAGAAACUGCAGAGCCUUCCACUGACAUAACCUCCACGGAGCUGACAUCAGAAGAGCCAACACCUGUGGAGGCAUCAGAUCGAGUGCUGCCACCAGCUCACCUGGAAACUACAGAGCCAGCAGUGACACAUGACAAAAACACCUGCAUUAUUUAUGAAAGCCAUGUCUAAUAUCAACUCUGAAAAGCUAUGCAUAUCAAGAAAAUCAGGGGCCGCUCCUUGUAAUACAGAUGUAGUACGCACUUGCCGCUAAGCCUUACUAGGAGACUCUCAUCCCUUAGGUAGGAGAGAUGCCAUUUUAAGAGGGAAACACCUGUGUGCAGUUCACGUGACUGGAAUUUCCCCAGUAGAAAAGGAUGUGAGAACCACCAGGGUGCAAAAUUGAUAUCAGACAGAAGGUGUCUAUCCAUGUGUUAUGAAUUUUAGAGGCUAUUCUCUGCCAAGUACCUUAAUUGGUGAUGCCCUUUUGGCAAAGAGUACACUACUGUAAGAUAUUCUGAGUUCAAGAGCCCUGUCCAAUGCAUACUGCAUUGCUUUUCCUUUUAAAAAUUAUAGGUCUGCUGCAAUAGCAAAUGCACGUAUAUGAGUUUGUUGCACUUUCUUCUCAGUUUUAAUUACUUUCACUGUUCCUUUAUAAUGGAGUAGUUGUUAUUAUAUUAAUACUAAUUGCUCUUUCUGGUUAGUCCUUUUGCCACUUUUGUCCUUGUUUUUUUUCCCUGAGAACAUUUACCUCAGAGGCUUUGGUAUCAGUCCCCAGGACCAGGGCUAAUAUCUACAAGUCAUUUGUAAUAUUCCAAAGUAGUUACUAGACUCAUUUUUUUUCCCAUUUCCCAGGCCUAUUUUCAUACAUUGCUUUUUUUGUUUCCAAUGAAGCUGCUGUUGUGAAACUGAGAAAACUUUGCCCCCGAAUAGCACUUUAUUAGUCAAAUAAAAAUGUGUUUACCUAUCUGAUUCUGAGAACCUUGUGGUGAGCUCAACUGAUGUAUGUAGAGAUUGUAAAAGGUUAAAUAUUCCCACACUACCCAUGAAAAUGACUAUGUACAUUUAAGUCACAUUAUCCUCUAACAAAAACUGAUUCUUUACCUGGAAAAUUUGUUGCAUCCAAAGACGAGAGCAUUUGAUGCAUCCCUAUAGGUCGUAAGAAAUUGACUUUCCAAAGGGCUUCCUUGCAGGAGCCAUAUGGCAUCAGAUGACCCAAACACUUGAUUUAACACGGCAAAUAUGGGGCUCUGUGAGGCUGUAUAACCAGACUCACUUUUGUGACCUGCAUAGCUGACUCGUUGGUCCCUGAAAAAGUGAGAGUGAAAGCUUAGGGUAAUGGCAUAGGAAUUUUGUUAUUCAAAUUUCAUGCCAAAAUUAUUAAAUUAUUAUUUAGGCGCACAAGAAUGUGGUUCUAUGCAAAGCAGCAUGACGUUAUGGAAAGAAGACAAAACUAAUUAUGCAAAGGCUUAAUGUCAUACCUGACUAUGCCAAUAACCAGCUGUCUGACUUUGGGCAAAUCUAGACCUCAAUCCUUUUCUGUAAGAGGGGCAGACUAGACAGUACCAUUUAAAUAGUCUCUCUCAAUCUCACAGAACCAAACAAAUAUUAACACCCUUGCCCUUUUUCACAAUUAAAGAGUUUUGUUUUCAUCUCUGGGUUCACCUAAUGUUUUUAUGCCUCAUUGUUUACUCAAAGAUGAGGAUCAGUUUUGAAAAAUCAUAGCAUUUAAAAAAAUCUCCUUCCCCCAAAAAAUAAAAUCAUUGGGACCACUUCUACAAUUUCAUUUCAUCAAGAAUGAGUGGUGUUAUUUUAUUGUAGCUUACAAACAAAGGAGAUAGUAAUUUUGAAGUAGUUAUAAAGACCAUGGCCACAUCAAGUGGUGGGGUGAUGGUGUAGGUGAAGUUACAUGAGUCACAUUGGUAAUAGGAGAGCAGACCCAGAGUUUAGUCCUCACUCACCAUCUGGGGAGGUGACCUUGGACAGUUCCCUUUCUCUCUGGGAAUUAAUCUUUCAUCUGUAAAAAAUAUGCUCCACAAGGUUUCUUCAGGCUCAAACAUCUGUAGCUUUUGGAAAGUUUGCAAUCUUCCAUAAUAGCCCUCAUUGCACAAGACAAGCAAAACUGGGAACAAAAAUGGGUACAGGAGACCGGAUGCUUUUGCUAUCAAAACUUUUCAGUAAAUGUAUCUGGCUAUAUAACCAAGGGCAGUAGGCUUAGCUUUAAAAGAGGCCUUUAUGGGUUUUUUUAAUAGAUAACUGGGGUAGAAGCCAAUAUGACAGGAUAUAGGGUUAAAAAGAAAUCCACUGUUGGAUGUAGUUAGAAGUGAGUGUCUUGGGUGGUGGUCACAUAAAGAAAUUAGUAAUGAACAAUCAAAAGAAACCAUGACUCCUGCUUGGGCCCAGACUAGGAUUUUAGAUAUUUGGUUGCAGAAAAGUUUUGUCUUCAGCUCUUAGAAUAUGAAAAUCUUCCAGUCGUCAUGGAGGGCAACAAAUUCUUACCAUGAA